AUGCAAAUUGGUAAGCAACCUUCUACCAAUUCUACAAAAGGAGAGUACUUGUCACAAUUUACUGCUUUUUUUCAUCCAUACAUCGAUGACAUUAAUGAUGUUGAACCAGAUAGAAAUUGUGGUUUCCAUUGUAUUUCAUCUGCAUUAGAAUGGGGGCAAGAUGCAAGUUAUGAUGUUCAAAGACAAUUGCAUACUGAAAUCCAUCAACAUGAAGAAUUGUUUUUUAAGUUGUUCUAUGUCACUGUCUCUUAUGUUAGUAAUUCAUUAUUCGUAAAAUACUUGGGUGUUCAGGGUAAGGAGAAAUGGAUGUUGAUUCCAGAUAUGGGUUACCCAACUGCUUCUAGAUAUAGUGUUGUAUUUGUUUCUCUUUCCAUGAAAAUGAACAUAACAUUUUUCCCGCUUCUCAUAGCUCCACCCCCAUACACGAGUCGACAUACAAUCAUUGUUGUUGAUUUUGUCAACUGUAAUCAUUGGAUUCAGGUAAAGUUGAGACUCGAUUGUUCACUGGCUCUCGUCACUGAUCGUUGGAGGAAGAAUUGUUCUAUUGAUGUAAAAACAUGGGAAUCAGCAUAUGUAGGUCGGUUCAGACAUUGA